AUGUCCUCAGACGUCACUUUGAGCCGCCAGGAGCCCAGCUUCGCAUCUCUUUUCGAGGGCAUCUACCAGGGCGUCCGACAGGCGGCGGAGUGUGCGCAGAAGCUACAAGAGCUGCUGCCCCAUGAGGCCGACUCGCCACUCUCUCCUUUGAGAGUGUCACUGCCGCUCUUACCGGUACGUCGGAAGGGUUCCAACGAGUCGACAGGAGGGCGAACAGCGAGCAUCCGAAAGCAGGUGAGCUUCUCCAAGGCAGAUCCCCACACA